UUGCUGCCAUUUUUGUCUGAUCAUUAACAUCAAUAUAUAUAUGUAUAUAUAUAUCUGCAAUUUGUGCUAGACUUUUUCGGUUUGGUGUGAAUGUGGUCGUAUGUAGAGAAAGCAUUGCAUUAAUAGUACUAUUACUAUAGUACUGUUACAGAUCUCGGCUACUCGCUCUCUAAUUUGUCCUUUUAUCAACUUUUCCCGGGAAAUCUUUUUUUUUUCCUUUCUUAUUCCGGAAAAUUUUCGUUUUCGUUUUCAAUUAUCUUUCUUCUUCGCGACGCUUCGUUUUAUUCGAGAAAUAUAUUAUAUCCGGUAAAAUCAUUACUAGUUGAUUGAGAUUUUCGAGAUUUGAGUUUUUUUCUUUUUUUUUUAUUAAUUAAUUAUUCAAUUUAUUUAUUUAUUUGCUUUUGUUGUGCUUUGUUUCGAAGCAAACGUAAGUUUUGGUCUGGUUUUUAAUGGCGUCGUCGUUGUUUGCCCUAUCCAACAGUACCACUAACCUUAGCCUAUAAAUAUGUAUACUGGCGGUGUAUAUACCUUAGCCCCGUGAGUCUUUUUAAUUACACGAAGUCAAAUGUUAACUUUAGAGAGAGAGAGAGAGAGAGCUUUUUCCAUAAAAUCGACGGCUCUACUGAUAUUCUUCUGAGUUAGAUUGAUUGAUCGCCUUUGAUGUGAUAUAUAUAUAAAAAUAUAUACACACACGCAUACGAACGCUAUACUGUUCACUUUCAUAUCUAAAACUAUCUGUCUCUCUCCAAAAACAGGGUUCUAGAGAGAGAGCGGGUCGGAUAUUAUCACAUCGCUAUCUUCCAUUACUGGAGAUGACUUCAACUCAGUCCUCAUCAACGAAGGUACUCGCCGCGGCGGUCCCCUUCUUCACCGUAUUAUUUCUCUUCAUCACGGUUUCACCAUGUAAUUUUCUGGGCCAUGAACGAAGCUCCAUCAAUGGAGAAUUAGGGUCUCUACAGAGUCGUGGUGAAGGGGGAGAGGGCAUUCCGCUCGUGGCUAGUGUUACUGGUACAACAGAAAUUCACCGCAAGCUGCUUAGUGAGAAAGAAGCUUCAAGAGUGGAACCGGACCGAAUCAGGGGUGAUGAGUCAGCUAAGUGCUCGAUCUCGGACAUUACUGUGAGCCAAAGCCCCACGGACCCUAUGUGGAGUGGCAUACCAACCUACACUGUUGAGAUCGUAAAUAAUUGCUUCACUGGCUGCAACAUCUCUCGCAUACACCUCAAAUGUGGGUGGUUCAGCUCAGACACUUUCGUCAACCCAAAGAUCUUCAAGCGCCUCAAUUUUGAUGACUGCCUUGUCAAGGAUGGCGGGCCCUUGCUCAAUGGUGGUGUGCUCAAUUUCAAGUAUGCCACCACUAGACCCUUUCCUUUAUCGGUUUCCUCCGUUAAGUGCCAUUAGAUAAUAUAAUAUACAAGAUAUAUAGGCUAUAGUUACCACAUAAGAGAUGAGAAGAGGGUUUUUUUUAGCUGUAAAUGGGGUUAUUUGAUUGGUCCAUGGACUGGGGUGGGGUCUUGUUGUCCGUGGGGCUAUUAUUUUCAUAAAAGCAGAUUAAUACUACUC